AUGGGAGGACAAAUAACACGGAAUUCCUUUUAUGAUUCCUUGGGAGGCCCGUUCCCUUCCACUUCUCACCGAUGUCACCACAAGCCCAAGCGCUGCCUGGCCAUGCACUGCGGCGGCGUGGGGGGCCCCUAUCCCAUCUGCCCUCUGCUCUUCCACCCCAGCGCCAAGGGCUCCCAGAUCGUCAUGGAUCUCUCCCAGAAGACGGUGAAGAGACAGGCCAGCUUCUGCAACGCCAUCACGUUCAGCAACCGGCCCAUUGCGUUGUAUGAGCAAGUGCGACUCAAGAUCACCAAGAAGCAGUGCUGCUGGAGUGGAGCUCUCCGUCUGGGCUUCACCUCCAAAGACCCGUCCCGGAUAAACCCUGACAACCUGCCCAAGUACGCCUGCCCCGACCUGGUCUCCCAGAGCGGCUUCUGGGCCAAGGCGCUGCCCGAGGAGAUCUCCAACGAGGGCAACGUCAUCGCCUUCUGGGUCGACAAGAAGGGCCGCGUCUUCUACCGCCUCAACGAGUCCAGCCCCAUGUUGUUCUUCAGCGGCGUCAGGACGUCCGAGUCGCUGUGGGCGCUCAUCGACGUUUACGGGCUCACGCGAGGGGUGCAGCUACUCGGGUACUGCAUCACGUUUCUGUGUGCAGCCGCCAUGAAGCUUCCUCCGCCCUGCGAGUAG